CCUGGUUUCUGAUAUGACUAGGCUCGUAUUCUUUUGCCUGAAAGGGUGUUACAGGGAAAGCUGCUCUCAAUUUCAAAAUAUGCAUGGCAUCUUUACUAUCAUUAGGAGACCUCCAUUAUUUAGUAUUUUAGGGUUGGAAAUUUGAAAAUGUUCAAAGUAAACCCCAUGUAUUCUUUCAAUCCAUAUUACCUGUUUUUUAUUGAAUGUUACUCUUUACUUGAGUUAGACGAAUAGGGGAACUUUCAGUCUUUUUGUAAAUCAUCAUCACAGUCAUUUUGAACUAUAGUAUUAUUGGAACAGUUGACCUCAAAAGUCGAUUAUUGCCAGAUUUGAAAUGUGGAUGUGUUUCUGUCUGACUCAUAACUUUUUGAUAUGAUUCUGAAGCCUGUAAUGUUGGUCACCGUUUUCAUCUUGAACAUACUUCUUCGAACGGUUCACAGUUUUGCCUACAGCGAAAUAGAAGGUGUUACCGUCCUGCAUCCCGAAAAUUUCGACAAAACAUCGGAAGGAAUCUGGCUCGUGAUUUUCUAUCGCAAGACUUGUGGACACUGUAUAAAAUACUCUAAACCUUUUUCACAAUUCUGCCGCUCUGUAAAGAAUUGGAAUUGGGCACUUCAUCUCGGAUCUGUGGAUUGUGAAGAUGAAACUAAUAUGGAUUUAUGUUAUCGUUUCAAAGUACAAGGAGUUCCCACUCUUAGGUUCCUAUCCACGAAAAAUAGUAAACAAACGUCCGAAGAAAUUCCAGCUGAGUGGAACGUGACAUUACUGCGGAAAAGCAUUGCCUCUAAGUUAGUAAAUGUCUCUGCUCUUCAACUCCCAAGGGACUUAGCAGUUAAUGAUCCAAUAAUUGUUACAGGUAGUGAUAUCGAAGUAAACGCUCUGCUGUUACUGGAUUAUAGUCUCCUUCUAAAACGAGAGAUCCAAAGCGUAGUAAAACCAGGCUUAAAGGAAAUAGAUGUCACGAAUCGUCUUUCUGGUGAAGUAAUUGUUAAGGGUCCCGAGGAACAGGUUAGGAUGGUACUUGAACGAAUCGCAGGUAGUGAACCAAGGUUGGAAGAAAACAGUCAGCCAGAAAUAGAUGUUAAAACAACACCAAUCCAAGUUAAAUAUCCACCGGUUUACGCGGUUGAUAUCUAUCGGUCACUGAGUAUGCUACUACAGUCUGAUGUUGGUGCGCGUGAUAAAAUUGAGGGACCGGCCUUAGAAGCUCUUAAAGAAUUUUUGGACAUGUUAUAUGAGGUUCUUCCGGCUUCUCAGGAAUAUAAAGCUCACCUGUCUGAAAUUUCCGUUUGGUUAAAUUCUAAAACAAGUAUUACGGGUCAAGAAUGGGUUGCGUAUCUUGAAGGAAUUCAAUUCCCUACAUAUAAAGGACCAUUUAUAGCAUGUAAUGGAAGCAAACCACAUUUUCGAGGAUAUCCAUGCGGUUUAUGGACUUUGUUUCAUGCAUUAACGGUAGAGCAAUAUCUGUUAUCAUCCUCCGGUCCAGACCAUCAAGUAGAUUCAGUCGCUCAUGCUUUAAAUCGUUUCGUCCCUCAGUUCUUUUCAUGCUCAUAUUGUGCAUUUCAUUUUGCAUUGAAUACAGCAAACGUAGUAAGACCAGGGGAAUCUAUCUUACCGGAAAAUCGUGUUACUCCUAAUCCACAUGAAUUAGUGCUUAAUGAAUCAGUUAUUCCUACUUUACCUAAAGCUCCAGAGACUCCUAAAGAUACUGUAUUGUGGUUGAAUAUAUUACAUAAUCGUGUAAAUAAACAUUUAGCUGGUCAACCAUCAGAAGAUCCAACUGCACCUAAAAUUCAAUUCCCACCGUCUUAUUUAUGUCCUGCCUGUUGGUCACAGAGUUCAACAGGUGAAUUGGAAUUAGGUAAAACUCCAGAGACCGAGGAAUCAUUGUUUCAAUUCCUUGUUGAGCGAUAUCGUGCAUCAUCUUGGAAGUACGUGGAUUUACCUACAGUAUUCAUAACUAACGCUGUUUAUAGACCAACAAAUACAGUCAGUCUGUAGCAUAUCUAAAUCGUUGCUGGCAGUUAAAUCCAAGUAUUCUAGACUUGUUAUUUGAUGGUAAUAUCGUAUCAUACGCUCAGAGUGUCAACAGAGAUUGAUCAAUUAUAGUCCUGAAUGUCAACAAGUGGAUAGUACAUAUCCUUACAAGGAGUUAAAAACUGAACAACCAGUUCCCGAUCUGUUAAUAAUAUCCAUUAUUUCCGUUGUACUUACAAUAUUAGCAGCUGUCAUUUUACUUGCUGGUUUGCGUUUCCUGUGUCGUCGUCGUAGAUUGUUCCGUCGAAGACGAGGACAGUAUACAAGUGGACAGUCAGUCUAAAUACAAUUUAUAUUACCAAACGAAAAAAUUAACGAUGGUAAUUCUCGAAGAUUUAUUUUUUGUGAAUAAUUAAUGAAUAAAAACUUUGAUCCAACUGUUUUUCAAAGUAAUUUUUGCGACUUUCUCCUUUCAAAUAAUUUGGUCUUUUAUAGACAUCAAACUGACUUUGAUGAACUACUAUUUUCUCCUAUUGCUUAUUAAUCAUUUUUAUUAUUCUAUUCUUAUUUCUUACAGCUUUUUUGUCUAUUCUGAUUUGCUUUUAAAUAUUAUGACACUACUUUGGUAGUUUAGUAUUCUCCACCUCUUUCUCCUAUAUAUGGAAUAAACUGAGUAUCAAUAAGUAAACAUUAGAGACCAUUAGUUUGUAUCACUACUACUGUUGUUGUUUUCGGUGAUCGCAUUCUCGUAAAUACCUUCAAAGGGUUAUAUUUGAACGCUGUUUUCUUUAGAUAUAUUCAUGUAUUCCUUUAUUUUUAAGGUUUUGCUUGGUGUAUCUUUUUUUUGAAAGUUUAUCAGCCUGUUGCAUUUUGUUUUAAUGUACUAUAUUUUUUACAUGGUAUUUUUGUUUUUUUUUAAAUAUUACAUUAACGUCUUCCAUAAUGUACUUGUUUUGUGUGUAUGUAGUGGUGGAUUUUUCUACAACUUCAGUUCAUCAAUCAUUUGUUCUAUCUUGAUAAUUUAUCCAGUUUAAUUUAAUCAAUAAAACAAUGUUUUAUGAGUU